AUGUUCUGGUUUCAUUUAAUUCAUGCAUUGCACUCAUGCUAAUAAUUUUGUGCUAGUUUGUAUGAGAAAAACUACGUUUGCCGUAGUUAAGAAUAGAUUUCUACGGAACAGUGAGAGCACGAAGAGUUAAAAUCAGGAAAUUUGUCUGCUUUCUGUAUUGUGAUGUAUUACAAAUCUCUGGUUUCAGUAAGGUGUUCGAUACAGAAUGAUUUUCGUAUUGUGUAUAAAUACAAAAUUAUCAUUAAUAUUUUUCGUGUCAGUACAUGGUCAUCAGUAAAUUAGAACCUAAUCGGUAAUUACAAUGCCGCUUGUAAAAUUGCCGUGGAAAAGUAACACAGUCGUACGACAGGAAAAAUGGACAGGAAAGGUUCGGUAAUGGUAAUGCAUAGUGUGCGACGAGUUGUUUUCAUCUCUCCACCAGAGUAGCGCUGAGGGUUGUAAUGAUACACAACUUCCAUUAAAAUGAACGUUAAUUAAUAAGUGGGCAUGGGUUCUGAUCAACAGUUCUGUCUGCGAUGGCACAAUUACCAGAGUAACCUUCUUGCAACAUUACCGCAGUUCUUGGACAGUGACAAUCUGACUGAUGUCACAUUAUCAGCUGGUGGACGAAGUAUUCGAGCACACAAGGUUGUCUUGUCUGCUUGUAGUCAGUAUUUUAACGAGCUUUUCAAGGUGCUGCAUCCAAUACAACACCCUGUUGUAGUUAUACCAGGGACAACAUUUUCAGAUCUGUGUGCACUUGUAACAUUCAUGUAUAGUGGAGAAGUUAACAUAUAUCAGGAACAGCUUCAGGGUCUCUUAAGCAUGGCAGAUGCCAUGCAGAUCAGAGGACUAGCUGAAGUCAGUGGGGGUGGAAAAAAUACUGUUCCAAGAAAGGAAAAUUGUGGACAAAUGAAACGUUCGAGGUUGUCUAUGCAGACACCCGGAGGGACAGACAUUAUGAAUGCAGAAGGAAGUAGUGACCAGUGUGGACUACAGCCCUUGCAGGCAGAACCUGUUGCUAACAAUUCACAAUAUCAGAAGGGCAGAAAUGACAGUAAGUGUGGAAUCCCCAACAGGCGAACAUUGACAGCCCAGCACUCUAAAGAUGAUGCAAGUAUACAACACAGUAGUGGAAUAAAGCAUGAAUUAGGGAAUUGCAAGGCAGCCACUGAUACAUUGGAGCAUUUUUCUGAGUUACAGACACCUGAGUAUACAAGUAGCUCAGCAUCUCUCAAUGACAAAGAUGGGGCAAGCUAUGCUAAGGACAAGACAUCAUCUGCAAUUCCAAGUCUUAGUUCUGUACAAGAGUCAAUGUCUCAAAUUAAGGUUGAGACUGAAAUGGACACCAGUGAGAUGAAUAAUACUCAGGAAACGCUGGAUGUUUUUGUAGAAUCUGAUUACAAAUCAUCAGCGAGAGUGUCUCACUCCAGUAACGCUAAUGAAAAACAUCAGUUGUACAGUAAUGAAAUGGAUGUUAUAUUGGGGCAACAGUCCCCUCCUUCAGAUGACUCUGGUGGAAGUAUCUGUAACACAGACAGAAUGCAACAUAGUUCAAACUCAGCUUUAACCAGUUUGAAACUGAAAGCUUCAUCUGGCCAAUUUAGUAAAUUCUAUCUUCCAAAUCCCACUACAAGCAACACUAGCAAGCUAUAUGCCACAUGCUUUGUUUGUGGUAAACAGCUAAGCAACCAGUAUAAUUUGCGUGUCCAUCUGGAAACACAUCAGAAUGUUAAUUAUGCCUGUAGUGUUUGUAGUCAUAUAUCCAGGUCUCGGGAUGCUCUGAGAAAGCAUGUAUCUUAUAGGCACCCUGGUGAAGCUCGGGAAAAAGUAGGUUUUGGGGGUCUUAUAAAAGAUGCUCGUAUUUCUGGAGGAAGUGCUUCAAGCACAUCAAAGAAAUCUAAAAUAACAGAUAAUACUGAGGAUGAUAAACCCGUCUCAACAUAAAAGAUAUAUUUCUGGAAACAAAAUAUCAAUACUAGUAUAGAUGAAGAGUCUUGAUUGCAGGAAAUUACUAUUUAUAGUUGUAUAUAAUUUACUUGGAAUCUGUAAAAGUCAUUUUCAACAAUACCAAAUACAUUUCCUUGUUGGUUUUAAUGUUAAAAAGAGCUUUAUAUGUUAAAGAUUUUAUGUAUACACAUACAAACUAGUAUGUCAUUGUUUUUAAGCAUUUUAGCAUAAUGUUUGGAAUGCUUUAAUAAGUGUGUGUGUGUGUGUGUGUGUGUGUGUGUGUGUGUGUGUGUUUUGAAAAAAUGAAGUGUAAGAAAAGUUUGAAUACGAAUUCACCAAAGUGUUUUUCCACCUUUAUUAUAUACAAAUAUAUUCUAAGAUACUGAUAUUCACAGCUAACAGAAACAAGAGUCUUUCAUUCGCACUUGUGCCUUAAUAUAUCUGUAUUUUACUGUAACACCAAAAACUAAAUGAAAAUGUUAUUUUCUCUGUAAAUUUUUAUGAAAAAAUAUUACGCUUAAGAGGUAAUAGUGCCUACUGUGCAAUAUGUGAAAGUACCUGUGGAUUAAGCCAAAUUAUUAAAUAUUUUAUAAUAACUAAAAUCAUAAUUUUGUAAGUGACUGGGAAUGUUAACCAAGAAAAAUUAUUUCUUGUAGACUUAUUAAAUUAUCAUCUUUGCUGUGAGGUCUUGCAUUAAGAGUGUGUGUAAUGUUAUUAGUGGACAAAAAUGUAUAGAAUUAUAAAACAAAAUAGCCUUAGGUACUUAUAUUGUCGUCAGUCAUCAUUGUCAUUCUUGUACAAAGUUUUUUUUGUAUACUGUUCAAGUAGAUAAACAUCAAAAAAUGUUUUAUGUGUUAGUUGACACAGACAUCAUAAAUUCGUACAUCCUUUAAAGGACAGGAGGGGUUGGAAGAAGUGGAAUGAUUGAAUAAGAAACCAAUACUUGGGGUGAACAGACAUAAAAUGGAACAGGACAAAUAAAUUAAAAAGGCCAUUCCCUUUAGUUUAGGAGAUGAAGGAAUACCUAAUUCCAAAAGCUAAAGUUUAUGUUGAUUUUUAUUCAUAUCUGUUGUUCCUGCCAUCUGGUAUGUAUUACUUGAGAAGACCUACUGAAGUCCUUGUCAGAGUGCAAGCACCAUUGUGUUUACAUUUGAGAAAGGGAUAGCAACAGCAAUACACUUCAUUAACCGUACAACUGAAGUACCUUCAUGCACUUCACUCAUAUCUGCCAACAAUUAAAUAUUCCUCACAACUUUCUCUUUAGUAUUUCUUAUCCCACACUGCCACUUCAUCAGCGUUUAUUCAUUUUUAAAUCCAUUUCUUGUCCAAACCAUUGUUCAUUUGAAUGUAAAUCCAUUUGAAUAAAUAUCUGCUGUAGUAUACCAUUUUCACAACUAUAUUUUGAUGUUCACGCAUCAUGACUCAUAGUAUCCAGCAAAUUUAAAACCAAAUUGUCUAGAUAAAAUAACAUACUAUCUUUCCUUGUUUGAAGCCCAGUUCUGUGCUAAAAUCUGAGGCAUUUCCACAGAGCUCAUAUUUAAUUACACUGCUUAUAGUGUUACAAAAUUUGCCGUUUAAUAUCACAGUUAUGCAUAUUUGAGCAUAUUGCGUAUACUUCUUUGGACUCAGUACUCGAAUCCUGCUUCUUUGAUAUUACAUCCCUCCUUCUGUAAUUUUCACACCUUUGACCUCCUCAACUUUAACAUUUUGGAAGCACAUUUCCUCACCUUCUCCACUAGAACUGUCAUUAUUUUUUCCUUCUCAUCAUCAAUUAAUAUAAUGACAGUAGUAGGAAGCCUGUCCAUAUACAUAUUUCUACUGUCAUUUUCCCGCAUGUUUCAAGGAAUCUGCUUUCAACUGGAACAUUACAGAAUCAUAAUACUUCAUGCUUUAGUUGGUACCACAGUCCACUUUAUCGAUAAAUAGAAAAAGAAUAUAUUCUAUAUUAAUUUGAUUAUAGCUCCUUUUUGGAGAUCUUUUUGUUUAGAGAUGCUAUUGUAAUAAGGUUGAUAUGAAUUUGAUUGGUGUUUGUGAAAUUAAAAAUGUAAAUACAGAAUGAUAUUUACUUUACAGCUGUUAUUGGAAAGGUCUAUAUAUAAAAAUAUUUUUAGAUCCAUUGAAGUGCGUGUAAUCUGUAUUAUUCACAGUGGAAUACAGUAAUUGUUAUAACAUCUGCAAUUGAAAUGACAUUCACACCAAAUAUUGUCCUGUUAGUGUGUUUAAUUUUCAUAUUUUGUAUCUGUACAUAUAUUGCAUUAUAUGUCAGUGUUUGCUGUUUGUACUUUUUUGUGAAAAAUGUGAUUGUAGAUAUACAGUUCCAAGUUCCUUGUCACGCUAGUCAAUUUUAGUCAAAGCUGCCACACUGUGAACUGUAGUGCAAGUCUUUGUCCCUUUAACGGGAGUAUUCAUUAAUAGGUAUGUAUCAAGAAUCAGUGCCUUAUAAUGUUUUAGCUAAAUGACUGAAACAAAAUAUAAUGAAUCCUAGUCUGAUUUAUUAACACCAUUACAUGUUAUUUCUAGACACUGCACUCUGUGUACUAUAUAUUUCAAGUUUUGCUCAGUUUAAUUUUAUUGUCACUAAAGUUUGUAUUACAUAUGUUGUUAUACAUGAGCUUUAUGUGUUACCUGGAGAAAUAUCUUCUCUGCAGAAGCAUCAGUCAUGUGGCUAAGGUGGUAGAGUGGCUGGGAAUUAUAUCACACUUCUAUUACUUCAUUUAGAUUUGAAGUACUUGGCCAGAAAUGGCUCCAGGGAGACCUGUGGUCAUAUAAGCUUCACUUCAUACAAAUAGAUUUUUGCUUAUUACUUGAUGUGCCACAGGUUUUUGUACCUUGUUAACAAUGUGAGACAUAAAUUGAGACAUUGGCUUGCACAAUCAAUGUCAAAUACUAUGUUCACUGUUUAUUUUUUAGAAAGUCACCACAUUAAUUAGAGUUGUAUUUUACUCAUUCUCUCUAUGAUCACAGUUUCAAUUUGUGCUAUAUAUUAUUUUAUUAUGGUGUGACAGUGUGAAUUAUCUCUAGGUUCUGUAAGUAUAUGGUGGAAUCAGUGCGAAAUUGGGUUCUGAGGCUAAGUUCUAUAUGCUUUACUGUCUGCAGAAACUAUCUUCUGUGUUUUCUUUCUCGGAUGUGUGCACCUACAUAAGCCGGCUGAAGGGGGAAAAGUAAAGAAGUCGCCUAAUGCAGCUCUGUGCAUCCCCGGAAGAUACUUCACUUAUAUUACAAAAAUAUAAAUUAGAGGUAGCUAUAUUCCUUAAAUAAUUUUUUCGUGAUAUUUGACUGAAAAACAGGUUUAUUAUCUCUUAAAACAAGAAGGAAAAUUAUCUUCCCCUUAGCUAGUCUAAUAGUUGACUGUUACACUUAAUAAUAAAAGUAAAAUUGUAAACUAUAAAUAAAAGUAGUUAAAUGGGCUUUCAGUUUACGACUACUCCACAUUAAAAAUAUAGAGCAAGUACUUUAAUGUACUUGAAGCAUAUUAAAGUAGUGCACAGUCAUAUUUCUUUCUGUACUUACUGGUGUCUUUUAUCCAUGGUAGACACAGUACUUAGCAAAGUGACCUUUAUGUUUUCUCUUUUCUAAGAAUCUGUCCCCUACCCAAUUGGUGUUGAUUCUGUUUCAUCUUUAACUGCCAUGGAAAUUUUGUGAAUUACAUCAGUGGUCCACCUUACCUCUUCAAAUCCAUUUACAACCUUUAUUAUAAUAAUAAUAAUUAUUAUUAUUAUUGGUAUUGUUAUUAUUAUUUUGCCACAUUGUGCAAGAU